AUGGCUGGUUACUAGAGAGUUUGCCGGCUGGCUGUGUGAUGCCCUCCUGUCUCCCCACGGGUGGAUAGCAGAGCUGAAUCAAUUGACAAGAAAAUCACCAGGCUUGAUGCAGAGCUAGUGAAGUAUAAGGAUCAAAUGAAGAAGAUGAGAGAGGGGCCUGCAAAGAAUACAGUAAAGCAGAAAGCAUUGAGAGUAUUGAAGCAGAAACGAAUGUAUGAACAACAGCGGGAUAAUCUAUCACAGCAGUCUUUUAACAUGGAACAAGCUAAUUACACUAUUCAGGCACUGAAGGAUACAAAGACAACGGUUGAUGCAAUGAAACUGGGGGUGAAAGAAAUGAAGAAAGCUUACAAGCAAGUCAAAAUUGAUCAAAUUGAGGACAUACAAGAUCAGUUAGAGGAUAUGAUGGAAGAAGCCAACGAAGUCCAGGAAGCACUGAGUCGUAGCUAUGGAACACCAGAGAUUGAUGAAGAUGACUUGGAAGCAGAACUGGAUGCGUUAGGUGAUGAGCUUCUAGCUGAUGAAGACAAUUCCUACUUAGAUGAAGCUGCAUCUGCUCCAGCAAUCCCAGAGGUCACUCCUACUGACACGAAAAACAAAGAUGGUGUAUUGGUGGAUGAGUUUGGAUUGCCAAAGAUCCCUGCAACGUAAAUGUUUCAAAAGCACAAUGGAUUAAUGAACUAUACUUUACAAAUCAAAUUAAGUUUUGUUUUGUUUUUUUUAAAUCCUGGAGCACUUGUUCUUCCAGUGUAACCUUAAUAUCACUACAUCCUAGAAUGUAAUAUGAAUGGCUGGUGGUGUUCUUUCUUUGAAGAAAGUUGUUCUACUACUGACUUUUCUAUUAAUGGAAAAUUCGGCACAAAUUCCCUUCAGUGGAAGCAGUCAGUCUAAUAGGUUUUGAUUUCCGUGUCUUAUGGACGAAGUAACACGUGAGCAAUAGUGGUGGCUGUUGAUAGCUGAGGUUUAUUUUGACUUUGUAUUAGGUUUCUCUUGCUUGAAACUAAGACUGUACGUUGCUGCUUAACUCUCUGUAAAAUAGCUCCCUUAUUACUAUGCGUAUUUGAUAAAAGAAUUGGAAGCAAUUUUUAAACUACUGCAGUCUUGAGACUUUUAUGCUAUUGUACUUGUAACAUUCUUGAAAGCUGUAACAAAUAGGGUUAUCAUUAACUUUGUGUAUUCUAUGGAGACAUAAAAUCAUGUAGAUUAGC